GGCAUGCUGCAUGCUGAAAAAGUUGAGAACCUGGCCACUCCACUCCACUCCAGUAUUGAUGUCUCGGGCCCAAGUGGCAUGCCAGUUACACUCACAAUGUUGCAGGGACUAUAGCAGUCGUCUACUUCAUGGCUUCAAUUUCAGCUUCUACUGGGAUUUGAUGUAGCAGACAGCCUUAUUAUACAGCUGCUGACAUAACACCAUGGAAAUAUCUGUCGCCUUGAGGAGAACUAAAGGUUUUUAUGAAGCAGUGUGUGCUCUGAACACCUUGCAGACCAAUGUGAGUGUGUUGGAUCAGGUGCAGAGGGAGCGGAGUGAGCUACCUGAGCUGCAGCUCCAGGCCAUGCGGGGCUUCCUCCAUCGUACAGGCCUCACAGUAGACAAGCUGGACCACCUCAAUAUAAUCCAUGUGACAGGCACCAAGGGCAAGGGAUCAACAUGUGCCUUUACUGAGAGAAUCCUCAGGGACUAUGGCUUUCGGACUGGGUUUUACAGCUCACCACACCUGGUACAGGUCAGAGAGAGAAUACGCAUCAAUGGACAACCAAUCAGCAAAGAGCUCUUCACCAAAUACUUCUGGGAGGUGUUUUCCCAGUUAGAUGCUACAAAGGACUCCCAUGGAGUUAAUAUGCCGGCCUAUUUCCGCUUCCUCACCAUCCUGGCGUUCCAUGUCUUCCUACAGGAGAGGGUUGAUUUAGCUGUUAUUGAGGUUGGGAUUGGAGGGGCCUAUGACUGUACGAACAUCAUCAGGAAGCCGUGGGUUUGUGGGAUAUCCUCCUUAGGAAUUGAUCAUACAAGUAUACUAGGAAACACCAUAGAGGAGAUCGCCUGGCAGAAAGCAGGCAUAUUUAAGCCAGGGGUGCCCGUGUUCACUGUCAAGCAGCUAGAUAGGCCCAUGACUGUUCUACAGGACAGAGCCAAAGAGAUAGGGUGUCCUCUGUGGGUUUGUCCAGAUCUGGAGCAGUAUGAGUCUGGGGCUGGCCCUCUGAGUCUGGGCCUGGCUGGACAACAGCAGCGUUGCAACGCAUCACUCGCCCUGCAGCUCAGCAAGACCUGGCUACAGCGCUACAGACAGUCUGAUGAUCAGCUUGCUGCCCCGAUAGUGGAGAAUAGGCUGGUCUCCCAGGCAACAGCCUUUAAGCCCAGCCCCAUCAUGGUCAAAGGCUUGAAGGUGACAGAGUGGCCUGGAAGAACUCAGACUCUGAGGCAUGGUCCUGUCACCUACUACCUGGACGGAGCCCACACCACGGGCAGCAUGCAGGCCUGUGUACACUGGUUCAGCCAGGAGAUCCAACAGGAAGAGAGUAGCAACAGGGGCCCUGUGAUCCGAGUACUGCUGUUCAACACCACAGGAGAGAGGGACUCUGCUGCCAUGCUCAAACUCCUAGAGCCAUGCCAGUUUGAUUUUGCUGUGUUUUGUCCCAACAUCACUGAACCUAUUACAGAAAACAAUGCAGAUCAGCAGAAUUUCAAUGUGUCUGUGGAGAACAUGCUGACCCGUUGCCUUGACAACCAGAUCAGCUGGCAGAGCCUGAGCGGAACAGAGACUAAGCAGGGGUCUGAGUCUGAGCUGCUGAUAAAGGGCAGGCUCCCCUUGCUGGCCAAGACCAGGACCCACACCAUGGUCUUCCCUUGCAUCCUCAGCGCCCUCCAGUGGAUCAGCCAGGGAAGGGACGCUGUGCUGGCUGCUGCAGGGAGCCCCUAUCUCCCAGUACAGCCCAGUAUCACGGCAAAAGCAGAACCAUUGAGAGAGGCAGCCCAGGUCUCUGUCCUGGUUACAGGUAGUCUACACCUAGUAGGAGGGGUGCUGAAAUACCUGGACCCCUCGCUAGCCUCCUAAUUAACUAUUGGCCCAACAAUUGGCCCAUCAGUCUGGCUUGGAUUUUUGUAGGACAUUGAGAUACACUCAAUGUUUGACAGGUAUUAUAUUUGAGGUGUUUACAGCUUAGGGUCUUCUUGAAUAGAUGUGUGCUUCUUGUCCAGUGUGGUGCACUCAAUUUGCUCUGUCCUCAGUGCAGGAUCCCUGGGCUUUCAUACUACGAAGUUGUGCUGUACUGUGUCAGCAAGUCAAGUUGAAUGAUUUUCUCAGGGUGAUUGAAUUACGAUUGUUUUGAAUUGUAUUUUCUCUUUGAAUUAUCGCUUUGACUAAUGUACAUAAUGAAAAUCAAAGCAUGUAUAAAUUUGUACAUAGUUGUGAAUGAAGACUUUAACAGUACCAGUCAAAAGUUUGGACACCUUCUCAUUCAAGGGUUUUUCUUUAUUUUUACUGUUUUCUACAUAAUAGUGAAGCCAUCAAAACAAUGAAAGAACAGAUAUAGAGUUAUGUAGUAACCAAAAAAGCAUUAAACAAAUCAAAAUAUAUUUUGGAUUCUUCAAAGUAGCCACCCUUUGCCUUGUUGACAGCUUUGCACACUCUUGGCAUUCUCUCAACCAGCUUCAUGAGGAAUGCUUUUCCAACAGUCUUGAAGGAGUUCCCACAUAUACUGAGCACUUGUUGGCUGCUUUUUCUUCACUCUGCAGUCCAACUCAUCCCAAAACAUCUCAUUUGGGUUAAGGUUGGCCGAUUGUGGAGGUCAGGUCAUCUGAUGCAGCACCAUCACUCUCCUUGGUCAAAUAGCCCUUACACAGCCUGGAGGUGUGUUGCAUCAUUGUUCUGUUGAAAAACAAAUGGUAGUCCCACUAAGCCCAAACCAGAUGGGAUGGCGUAGCACUGCAGAAUGCUGUGGUAGCCAUGCUAGUUAAGUGUGCCAUGAAUUCUAAAUAAAUCACUGACAGUGUCACCAGCAAGGCACUCCCACAUCAUCACACAUCUUCCUCCAUGCUUCAAGGUGGGAACCACACAUGCGGAGAUCAUCCAUUCACCUACUACGCGUCUCACAAAGACACGGCGGUUAGAACAUAAAAAUGCACAUUUGGACUCAUCAGACCAAUGGACAGAUUUCCACCAGUCUAAUGUCCAUUGCUCGUGUUUCUUGGCCCAAGCAAGUCUCUUCUUACUGGUAUCCUUUAAUAGUGAUUUCUUUGCAGCAAUACGACCAUGAAGGCCUGAUUCACACUGUCUCCUCUGAACAGUUGUUGUUGAGAUCUGUCUGUUACUUGAACUCUGAGAAGCAUUUAUUUGGCCUGCAAAAGAGGCUGGUAACUCUAGGGCUGCCAGCAUCUCAAAUAUAAAAUGUAUUUAUUUAACACUUUUUUGGUUACUACAUGAUUCCAUAUGUGUUAUUUCAUAGUUUUGAUGUAUUUUUCUAUUUUCUAUUAUUCUACAAUGUUGAAAAUAAUACAAAAUAAAUAAAAACCCUUGAAUGAGUAGAUGUGUCCAAUCUUUUGACAGGUACUGUAUAUUAAUUGGUUGUUUUAAUUUGUAAACUAGCCUAGCAUUGACUGUUCAUAGAUACAGACUGCCACAUAUUCAAGGACCUUUUCCAGAGUUGCACUGAAACAGAACAACAUGCCUGUGUGUCUCUGUCUGCAUGCCACCUCAGUGAAUGAAUUCCCGGUAAUGUCUUAGGUAAGCUUACAGACAAACACAAUCUUAAAAGCUAAAUGGACUGCAAUAUUUUGCCAUUAGCAUUACCUUCAAAAUAUAAUGAGAGGAAGUUUGCUCAAAUCCCCUUAUCCUGGAUGAAUCUUUUCAUUACUUCAGCAUCUGAGGGGGUUAGCACGAUGGCCAAGUCUGGGAGAGAAGGGGUUGAAAGUGGGACGUUUGUGUGGGUUCAGGGCCUCGCUCCUGCUUAUUAGCCUCUCAUCAAGAUGACCAGAGACAGAAGGUCAUAAGAGAGGAGCCCUACAAUCUGCUUCAACUUUAAAGGGACCACAUGACUGGUGGCAUUUAAUGAAACUGUUCUACGAAUCAGUAAACAUUUUUAUGCUAAGGUCAGAGAUAUAGCCAUACUCUCAGGUGCAUUGGAUAUUGCUGCUGGACUGAACGUUUCAGUAGAUUGAAAGCCUUUGUGACAACCACAUUGAAGAAAAAAAACAUAAUUUACACCAAACAAACAAUGAAGCUAAAAAGAUGGCCCAAUAGGCUGUUACAUUGAACAUAAAUUACAAUAUAUUUAGUCAAUAGGAAUAUAGAGGCAACAGACGAAUUCUGAAGUUUUGAUGAGGAUACUAUCUGGUGCUAGCAAAUUGACAGAGGACUCCUUUUCCCCUUCAAUGGAAUACUGCAGCACCGCUGCUGUUUAAGAAGAUUGUACUACUUAGAAUCCGAUUACAGCAGGUACUCCCAGGACAGGUCCUUGUCUAAAGCCCUGGUAGUGGCAGUGAGUGAACUGCAACGCUGCACUUAUACUGUAUCAGAGGCUCAUUACACUGUGAGGUGGCAGCACUGCAACUACUGCAGUGACUUAGGAGACAAUGGAAAGUUGGUUUUAAUGCAGAUUUUUAAAAUUUAUUCAGUGCUGUGGACGCAGUCAGAUGAAUAUGAGGCAACAAAGGUAACUGGUGGAUUAUCUGUCCAAUGGAGUCUGAAUGCCCUCCAGUCCUCUGCUCUACCCACAUUUAAAAUGCGAGAGAAAACUGUGAGCCCAGUAGAGCUGUGGGUCACAAGGCAUUGUCAAAUAGUUUGAAUUGAAGUUCAGCAGCUUCACUAAGGUUUUGCUCAGAGUGCGUCUCCAACAAAUCAAAUUGCAAUUGUUUACAUGCGCCAAUACAACUCAUGUAGACUUUACUGUGAAAUGCUUGUUACAAGCUCUUUCGAAUAAUGCAGAGUUUCCAAAUGAAAACAAAAAUAGUAGAGGGGAAUAAAAUAAAUAAACGAGAAUGGACCUACGGUGUGCUCGGAAAGUAUUCAGACCCCUUGACUUUUUCCACAUUUUGUUACAUUACAGCGUUAUUCUAAAAUGGAUGAAGUAGUUUUCCCCCCUGAUCAUUCUACAUGCAAUACCCCAUAAUGACAAAGCAAAAAACGUUUUUUUUAUUUUCUUUUUAAUGUUUGCAAAUGUAUUAACAAUAAACAACUGAAAUAUCAUAUUUA